AUGGAGAAGAAACAGGAACAGGGCUCCAGUCAGAUCCGACUGUGCUUACAGGUCCUGAGAGCUAUUCAGAAACUGGCCCGAGAGUCAUCUAUCAUGGCCCGUGAGACCUGGGAAGUCUUGCUCUUAUUUCUUCUGCAGAUUAAUGACAUUCUUCUGGCACCCCCAACUGUUCAAGAAAUGGAUUUAGUGGUAUUCAUUCGUUUUUCUAGAUUGCUACGUUUUACAUAUGGUCCCUCAUUUCCUCCAUUUAAAGUUCCUGAUGAAGAUGCCAGUCUGAUCCCUCCAGAAAUGGAUAAUGAGUGUGUGGCACAGACAUGGUUUCGAUUUUUACAUAUGUUAAGUAAUCCUGUGGAUUUGAGUAACCCAGCCAUCAUAAGCUCUACUCCCAAAUUUCAGGAACAGUUCUUGAAUGUGAGUGGAAUACCACAAGAAUUGAACCAGUAUCCCUGCCUUAAACAUCUGCCUCAAAUAUUUUUUCGUGCCAUGCGUGGAAUCAGCUGUCUGGUGGAUGCAUUUUUAGGCAUUUCUAGGCCCAGAUCAGAUAGUGCUCCCCCAACACCCGUAAAUAGAUUAAGUAUGCCUCAAAGCACUGCAGUCAAUACCACUCCCCCACAUAACCGGAGGCACCGGGCUGUUACUGUGAAUAAGGCCACCAUGAAAACAAGCACAGUUAAUACUGCUCAUGCCUCGAAAGUCCAGCACCAGACUUCUUCCACCUCACCUCUGUCAAGUCCAAAUCAGACUAGUUCAGAACCCCGGCCACUGCCUGCCCCUCGGAGACCAAAGGUUAACAGCAUCUUGAAUCUCUUUGGAUCAUGGUUAUUUGAUGCAGCGUUUGUUCACUGUAAACUUCAUAAUGGGAUAAACAGAGACAGCAGCAUGACUGCCAUUACAACACAAGCUAGCAUGGAGUUUCGGCGGAAAGGGUCACAAAUGUCCACAGACACCAUGGUUUCCAAUCCUAUGUUUGAUGCCAGUGAAUUUCCUGAUAACUAUGAAGCAGGAAGAGCUGAGGCUUGUGGGACACUGUGUAGGAUUUUUUGUAGCAAGAAGACUGGAGAAGAGAUUCUGCCAGCUUAUUUAUCCAGAUUUUACAUGCUUUUAAUUCAAGGUUUGCAGAUAAAUGAUUAUGUAUGCCAUCCUGUCUUGGCCAGCGUUAUUCUAAACUCCCCUCCUUUGUUCUGCUGUGACUUGAAAGGGAUUGAUGUUGUGGUUCCUUACUUUAUUUCAGCUCUUGAAACCAUUUUGCCUGACAGAGAACUCUCAAAAUUCAAAAGCUAUAUAAAUCCAACUGAAUUGAGAAGAUCCUCCAUUAAUAUCCUGCUUUCUUUGUUGCCCCUCCCUCAUCAUUUUGGCACAGUCAAAUCUGAGGUGGUCCUAGAAGGAAAAUUUAGUAAUGAUGACAGCUCUUCUUAUGAUAAACCAAUAACUUUUCUGUCCCUGAAGCUGCGACUUGUGAAUAUACUAAUAGGUGCCUUGCAAACAGAAACGGACCCCAAUAACACCCAAAUGAUACUAGGAGCAAUGUUAAAUAUUGUUCAAGAUUCUGCACUUUUAGAAGCCAUUGGUUGCCAAAUGGAAAUGGGUGGUGGAGAAAAUAACCUGAAGAGCCACAGUCGCACUAACAGUGGUAUUAGCUCAGCAAGCGGUGGGAGCACAGAGCCCACAACUCCUGAUAGUGAGAGGCCAGCUCAGGCUCUCUUAAGGGAUUAUGCUCUUAAUACAGAUUCAGCUGCUGGGCUCCUGAUACGCAGCAUUCAUCUCGUCACCCAAAGACUCAAUUCCCAGUGGCGGCAAGACAUGAGCAUAUCAUUGGCAGCUCUAGAGCUCCUCUCUGGUCUGGCAAAGGUGAAGGUGAUGGUCGACUCAGGGGACCGAAAACGGGCCAUCAGUUCUGUGUGCAGCUACAUUGUAUACCAGUGCAGUCGGCCAGCCCCUUUACACUCCCGGGACCUGCACUCCAUGAUAGUGGCGGCUUUUCAGUGUCUAUGUGUCUGGCUGACUGAGCACCCUGAUAUGCUUGAUGAAAAGGACUGCCUUAAGGAAGUACUAGAGAUUGUGGAACUGGGUAUCUCAGGAAGUAAGUCCAGGAACAGCGAGCAAGAGGUCAAGUACAAAGGAGAUAAGGAGCCAAACCCUGCCUCAAUGAGGGUAAAGGAUGCUGCUGAAGCAACCCUCACAUGUAUUAUGCAGUUGCUUGGUGCAUUUCCUUCACCCAGUGGUCCUGCUUCUCCUUGUAGUCUGGUGAAUGAAACUACUCUGAUCAAAUACUCCAGGCUGCCAACCAUAAACAAGCAUAGUUUCCGGUACUUUGUAUUGGACAAUAGUGUCAUCCUAGCAAUGCUGGAGCAGCCUCUUGGAAAUGAGCAGAAUGAUUUUUUCCCUUCUGUCACUGUGCUGGUUCGGGGAAUGUCUGGAAGACUUGCUUGGGCACAACAGCUUUGCCUUUUACCCAGAGGAGCAAAAGCAAAUCAGAAGGAUAAUUUCAACAGGUUUCAUUGUUCUGUCUUCAUGAUGUAUACAGGGUACAUGUAUACAUGUAUGCAUGAUGUGUACAAGGAACCUGCAAAUAGUCGUCUACCUCCUCACCUUAUUGCACUUGAUUCUGCGAUCCCUGGGUUUUUUGAUGACAUUGGGUAUCUAGAUCUCUUGCCAUGUCGUCCUUUUGACACGGUUUUUAUUUUCUAUAUGAAACCAGGUCAGAAAACAAACCAAGAGAUUUUAAAGAAUGUGGAGUCUUCCAGAAAUGUUCAGCCACAUUUCCUAGAAUUUUUGCUCUCCCUUGGCUGGUCAGUAGAUGUGGGCAGGCACCCUGGUUGGACAGGACAUGUUUCUACCAGUUGGUCGAUUAACAGUGGCGAUGAUGGUGAAGGGGCUGAACAAGAUGAAGUAAAUUCUUCUGAAGAUAUUGGGGCUAGUAUUUUCAAUGGACAGAAGAAGGUGCUGUAUUAUGCUGAUGCCCUGACAGAAAUAGCAUUUGUGGUUCCUUCUCCUGUGGAGUCCUUAACUGAUUCAUUGGAAAGCAACAUCUCAGACCAAGAUAGUGAUUCAAAUAUGGAUCUUAUGCCAGGAAUUCUGAAACAGCCAUCUCUGACACUUGAGCUAUUCCCCAAUCACACAGACAAUCUUAAUUCCUCACAGAGGCUCAGUCCCAGUUCCAGAAUGAAGAAGCUGCCUCAGGGUCGACUUGUGCCUCCCCUUGGACCUGAGACAAGAGUGUCUGUGGUCUGGGUGGAACGCUAUGAUGACAUAGAAAACUUUCCCCUCUCAGAUCUGAUGACAGAAAUCAGUACUGGUGUGGAAACUACUGCAAAUAGUAGCACUUCUCUGAGAUCUACAACUCUUGAAAAAGAAGUUCCUGUCAUAUUCAUUCACCCUUUAAACACUGGAUUGUUCCGGAUAAAAAUCCAAGGAGCCACAGGAAAAUUUAACAUGGUCAUUCCUCUUGUGGAUGGAAUGAUAGUUAGCAGGAGAGCACUGGGUUUUCUGGUGAGGCAGACUGUAAUCAACAUUUGUAGAAGAAAGAGACUAGAAAGUGACUCCUACAGUCCGCCACAUGUCCGCCGGAAACAGAAAAUCACCGACAUUGUCAACAAGUACCGGAACAAGCAGUUGGAACCAGAAUUUUAUACGUCACUUUUCCAAGAGGUUGGACUCAAGAGCUGCAGUGCUUAAGCCACUGUCGGUGUGGGACUUGAACUCCAGUUUGGGGGCUGUACUAUCAAAGCAAGUCAGUUUGAUAGUGAUCACUGUAAAAAUAAAAGCAAAUCACUCCCAAGAGCUUACUGUUUAAUCACAGGAUAGAAGAAACACAUUGUAAACCCAUUGGAUAGAAGACUUUGGACUUCCUAAUGCAGUGGGCUCGCAGACACAAUCAUAUUCCAGUUGGUAAUGAUGAUAAACAUUUUAGCCAUAAACUUCCUUUUAAAAAUGACAAUUUUAGUUCAAUGUAAGCCUUUUGAGGAGAAAGGCUUUUAUGCACCUCAAUUGUAAACACAUGCAUUGGUAGUAUCAACAGAUUUGCAUAUUAGAAGUUGAAGAUAGUUUUAUACUCACUUUUUAGGAGAUUGUCUUCAAACUUAAAGUCUGUGUCAGAUUCUCCCAGGACAUUUAAAGGUUCCAGUUGGCAGCAUGGAGGAGAAGGAAAGGAGUUGCAACGUUCUGUUUACUUGUAGGUCUGUUUGUCAUCCAACUGUCAAAAUGACAAAAAGAGUACAAUAUACGUUUGCUUAGGGUUUUUUUUUCUUCCUUAGAUAAAAAAAUCUGACAUUAAAAUAUUUUGUAUUUUUUCUCCACAAUCAAAAAAGUCAUCAUUCUUGUCACUGCACAGAUAAGUCUGGUGGCCUCAGCUUCUAGGGGAACAGACAUGAAGCGGAGGCACAUCCUUGUCCUCUAGUGGAGCACCAAUAGAAUUUGUAGGGUUAAAAGCUCUUGAGUCAACAGUGAUGCCUCCACUCCUCAUUAUUGUCCAGUGUGGUGAUGUCAAGGCAAGUUAAUCAUUUGUCAUACCUUGAUUAAAUAGCAUGAAAUGGAAAGUCACAACAGAGAGGUUGAAAAGUACUUGAUUUCAUCCAUUCUUUCUUAUUUCAGGACCAAGCAGCAAACUGCCAUAGUUGAUAAGGGAUUUGAAUUUGUGGUUCAGGAAGUAGCCUCUUAAUGCUGCUAAUCUAAUUUCUUCCAGAGAGCUCCUGGAGUGUAUCAUUUGACAGGCGGCACGCCACUUGAGAAGGGGGCUAUUGUCGUGCUUUGUGUCCUUAGUCAGCUGAAGGCAUGACAAAUCCCUACCAGGUCUUUGGGAAUACUUGUGUAACUUUGCUGCUAAAUUUCUGCUAAGGACAAACUUGGGAGUUGGUUAGACUCAGACCUUCCUUAUGAGGGUUUCUGUGACAGUGCUCUGUGUCCUCCACUUCUCUCAUUUGUGUGUGUUUCUUGCUGAGAUUGCUUUCUUCUUAAAAAAAAAAAAAAAGUGAUAUUUCAAGUCCACAAAGGGGUGAUCAGAGGAUGCAGGUAUUUCCCAUAGCUCUCAGGUGUCAGCAUGUCUGUAGAGCAGUGUCACGCUGCUCUUACUAUUUUGUUGUUCCAGUAGUUUCUUUAGAGGGUUGAGGGCAGUGUAGGGCUUCCUUCCCUGCUUAGGAAUCUUUCAGCAAGUAACAUGGGUAUACCAGCUCUUAGUCUUAAGUCUGCCAUCCUCUUCUUCAUGUUUGUUUUCAGCUCAGGUACAGAUACCUCUUUUUCCUCUUCUUCCUGUGACCUAGUCUCCAUAUAAGGCAUGAUAGUAUUCAACCACUGAUUGCUUUUUGAGCUGAGCAAUAAGUGUGUCUUCAGAUGGCAGCAGGGGAAUGUGAAUGUGAGUUUUACCCUAAAAGUGUUUUAAGAAUUCAGCAAGAAUAGUUGAAGUUUAACAGCUUUCAAGAAAAAUUCCAAGUUGACACUUUAAGGGAAGAAGCGCUUAUUCUAGUUGAUGUGAAGGCUAUAAAUUGAAUGUGCAAUGUUAUAACAUUCCACAUGUUAAAAAAAAAAAAACUGAUAUAUGCCUGGCGCUGGUAGUUCGUAC